UUAUUUUACCUUCAAACAAUUUUUCAGUUAACAACGUAGGAUCUCUUUCGUUCGCCAUCUUCUGCUAGAUCACGUAAUCGGCCUAAAACAGAAACAAAAUGGGUGCAAAACACUUUGGAGAGUUGGCUAAGCUUCGAGGAAUCAUUCAAUUCCGCCUUUCGCCCCACGAACAACGGGCUUUUGCCGGAGCCCUUUCCCAGGGAAUCCCCAAUACUUUUCGUCGUAUCUGGAGCGAAAUGUUCUUUGUUGGCGUUCCCUUGGGACUCUGCUACUUGGUCUAUGAUCAGACGGAAAAGGAGCACACCCGCCUGAUGAGAAAGAAUCCUGCUGACUUUGAACAUGAAAAGUAAAGGAGUUAAUUCCCAACCUCUUGUAGACAGUAAAUAAAAUGCAAACUAAUUCAACUCUGUGUAAUGAACAUGUGUCCAAUAUACAUGUCAACGAACAGGA